AUUUACACACACACACCUAUAUGAUUCAAAUAACCAAAGACACUCUUCUUCCCAUGGUCUCUCUUCAGCAAACAUCCUCUUUCCAGUGAAAUUCCGGUAACGUCUCCGCCUGUAAUCGAGCUUCCUCCAACAGUGACCGUCUUCAAUUUCUGAGGGUUUUCAAUUCAAUGGCCUCAAAAACCGAUGGCGAGAAUUCAACCGAUACCACUCCAUCAUUGCCAAAGAAUAUAUACAAAGAUCCAGAUGAUGGGCGACAACGGUUUUUGCUUGAAUUGGAAUUUGUUCAAUGCCUUGCUAAUCCUACCUAUAUCCAUUAUUUGGCUCAGAACCGAUAUUUUGAGGAUGAAGCAUUCAUUGGAUACUUAAAGUAUCUUCAAUAUUGGCAACGCCCUGAGUAUAUCAAAUUUAUUAUGUAUCCUCAUUGCCUCUAUUUUCUUGAGCGUCUUCAGAAUGCAAAUUUUCGCAGUGCAAUGGCUCAUCCUAAUAAUAAGGAGCUGGCACAUAGACAACAAUUUUAUUUCUGGAAGAACUAUAGGAACAAUCGGCUAAAACACAUUUUACCAAGAUCACUUCCUGAACCUAGUGCAACUCCUGCACUUCCUGCUCCUGCGUCAACACCAAUACAGCCACCUGUGCCUGCACUGCCACCAGCACCUGCGACCAAUGUUGCCGUGACAGCAUCAUCUGCUCAAGCUCCUUCUCCCAUGCCAUAUGGUAUACCUCCUGGCUCUGGUCUUGCUAAAAGUGACAUGAGGAAUCCUACAGUUGAUAGAAGGAGGAGAAAGUGAAUGUUUGGCAUCUACUGAUUAAAAACGAUUAAACAAUGCAAUAUGGUUGGAUCAGAUAAUCGAUUUAUGUCUUCCUUUUCAGUUGGGAGAUUGAAGUGGUGAUAAUCAAAUCUCGUUAUAUUUGUAGAAAUAUUUGUAAAACGAUUUUACAAUUGGCAAAUUAUCUAUGUGCCUAAUAUUGCUUUUGUUCGGAGUUUAAAUUUCAAUUAACAGUACAAAUUGGGAGAAGCUGUGGGUCAUAAUAUCGAUUAAAGUGAUAUGGUUCUUGUAACCACGUCGCUGCCUUAUUCUUUAGUUGAAGAUUUUGAUUGGGCAGUUCA